AUGUCAGAGAAUGGGAAUCUUCUUCGGGCUUUUGGUUUUUUUUUCUUCUGGACAGCUUUUAACACAGCCUUAGUGGAUGUGGUUGGAUCGGAGCAGCAGAUCCCCUUGUCUGUUGUAAAGCUCUGGGCCUCAGCAUUUGGUGGGGAGAUCAAAUCUAUCGCAGCCAAGUACUCAGGUUCCCAGCUCCUGCAGAAGAAAUACAAAGAAUAUGAGAAGGAUGUGGCAAUAGAAGAAAUCGAUGGUCUUCAGCUUGUGAAAAAGUUAGCAAAGAACAUGGAAGAAAUGUUCCAUAAAAAGUCUGAAGCUGUCCGGCGUCUUGUUGAAGCUGCAGAAGAUGCUUACCUGAAACAUGAGUUUGAUGCUGACUUACAGUAUGAAUACUUCAAUGCUGUGCUCAUAAAUGAACGAGAUGAAGAAGGAAACUAUUUGGAGCUGGGGAAGGAGUUCAUUCUAGUGCCAAAUGACCACUUCAAUAACUUGCCUGUGAAUAUCAGUCUGAGUGAUGUGCAAGUACCAACCAAUAUGUACAAUAAGGAUCCAGCCAUUGUAAAUGGAGUUUAUUGGUCAGAAUCUUUAAAUAAGGUGUUUGUUGAUAAUUUUGAUCGUGACCCUUCUCUCAUCUGGCAGUACUUUGGAAGUGCAAAAGGAUUUUUCAGACAGUACCCAGGAAUUAAAUGGGAACCCGAUGAGAAUGGAGUCAUUGCAUUUGACUGCAGAAACAGGAAAUGGUACAUCCAGGCAGCAACUUCUCCAAAAGAUGUGGUCAUUCUAGUAGAUGUCAGUGGCAGUAUGAAAGGGCUUCGCUUGACUAUUGCAAAACAGACAGUUUCCUCUAUUCUGGAUACCCUUGGAGACGAUGACUUCUUCAAUAUAAUUGCUUAUAAUGAAGAACUUCAUUAUGUAGAGCCAUGUCUGAAUGGAACAUUAGUUCAAGCAGACAGAGCCAACAAAGAGCAUUUCAGGGAACACCUUGACAAACUUUUUGCAAAGGGAAUUGGAAUGCUGGACAUUGCUUUAAAUGAAGCUUUCAACAUGCUCAAUGAAUUCAAUCACACAGGACAAGGAAGUAUUUGCAGCCAAGCCAUAAUGUUGAUUACUGAUGGAGCUGUGGACACAUAUGAUACAAUAUUUGCAAAAUACAAUUGGCCAGACAGAAAAGUUCGUAUUUUUACCUAUCUGAUUGGAAGAGAAGCUGCCUUUGCUGAUAACCUGAAGUGGAUGGCCUGUGCUAACAAAGGGUUUUUUACUCAGAUCUCUACCUUAGCUGAUGUUCAAGAGAAUGUCAUGGAAUAUCUCCAUGUUCUUAGCCGACCAAAGGUUAUUGACCAAGAGCAUGACGUAGUAUGGACUGAAGCGUAUAUUGACAGCACUCUCCCUCAGGCUCAAAAGCUUGCUGAUGAUCAGGGAUUGGUGUUGAUGACAACUGUUGCCAUGCCAGUAUUUAGUAAGCAAAAUGAGACUAGAUCUAAAGGGAUUCUUCUGGGAGUUGUUGGCACAGAUGUUCCAGUUAAAGAGCUUUUAAAAACUAUUCCAAAAUACAAGUUAGGUAUUCAUGGAUACGCUUUUGCAAUUACAAACAAUGGAUAUAUUUUGACUCAUCCAGAACUUAGGCCUUUGUAUGAAGAGGGGAAGAAACGAAGGAAGCCCAACUACAGUAGUGUGGAUCUGUCUGAGGUCGAGUGGGAAGACAGAGAUGAUGUGCUCCGAAAUGCAAUGGUCAAUCGGAAAACAGGGAAAUUCUCAAUGGAAGUGAAGAAGACAGUGGAUAAAGGGAAGCGGGUAUUGGUGAUGACAAAUGACUACUAUUAUACAGACAUCAAGGGUACUCCAUUCAGUUUAGGUGUGGCUCUCUCUAGAGGACAUGGAAAAUAUUUCUUCAGAGGGAAUGUAACAGUAGAAGAAGGUUUGCAUGAUUUAGAACACCCUGAUGUAUCUUUAGCAGAUGAAUGGUCCUAUUGCAACACUGACCUACAUCCUGAACACCGUCAAAUGACUCAGCUAGAAGCAAUUAAACGCUACCUCACAGGAAAAGAGCCAUUGCUACAAUGUGAUAAAGAAUUGAUCCAGGAAGUGCUGUUUGAUGCAGUUGUGAGUGCACCAAUUGAAGCUUAUUGGACCAGUCUAGCAUUAAACAAAUCAGAGAACUCUGACAAGGGAGUGGAAGUUGCCUUCCUUGGAACACGGACUGGACUAUCUCGUAUCAACCUGUUUGUGGGUCCAGAACAGCUUACUAAUCAAGAUUUCCUGACAGCUGAAGAUAAGGAGAACAUUUUUAAUGCUGACCAUUUUCCACUUUGGUACAGAAGAGCCGCUGAGCAAAUACCUGGGAGCUUUGUCUAUUCAAUCCCAUUUAGUACAGAAACUGCAAACAAAAGCAAUGUAGUGACAGCCAGUACUGCUAUUCAACUUCUGGAUGACAGAAAAUCUCCAGUUGUUGCAGCUGUAGGUAUCCAGAUGAAACUUGAAUUUUUCCAGCGGAAGUUUUGGACUGCAAGCAGACAGUGUGCAUCUCUCGAUGGCAGAUGUGCUAUAAGCUGUGACGAUGAAGCAAUCAGCUGUUACCUAAUAGAUAACAAUGGUUUUAUUUUAGUGUCUGAAGACUAUAGACAGACUGGUUACUUUUUUGGGGAGGUUGAAGGGGCUGUGAUGAACAAGUUAUUAACAAUGGGCUCAUUUAAGAGAAUUACACUUUAUGACUACCAAGCCAUGUGUAGAACAAACAAAGAGAGUAGCGACAGUGCCCAUAGCUUACUGGACCCUUAUAAUGCCUUCUUUGCUGCAGUAAAAUGGAUUAUGACUGAACUUGUCUUAUUCCUUGUGGAAUUUAAUCUAUGCAGUUGGUGGCACUCUGAUCUAACAGCAAAAGCGCAGAGGUUGAAACAAACGCUAGAGCCCUGUGAUACUGAAUAUCCAGCUUUUGUUUCCGAACGCACUAUAAAGGAGACCACGGGGAAUAUUGCUUGCGAUGACUGUUUCAAGUCUUUUGUUAUCCAGCAAAUCCCAAGCAGCAAUCUCUUCAUGGUGGUAGUAGAUAAUGAAUGCUUCUGUGAUUCUGUCCCACCAAUUACCAUGGCACCUAUAGAAAUAAGGUAUAAUGAAUCCCUUAAAUGUGAACGCUUGAAAUCUCAGAAGAUAAGAAGGCGCCCAGAGUCCUGUCAUGGAUUUCAUCCUGAAGAAAAUGCAAGAGAAUGUGGUGGUGUCUCAGGCCUUAGUGCUAAACCUCCUCUUGUUGCUUUUGUUCUUCCUCUGCUAUUGACGAUUUUCUCAAGGUGACAUUGACUGAUGUAUUCAAUUGGCAUGCUAAUACAUGGAUAAACUGUGAACCGGGAAAUGGUGCAACUUAAAGGACAUGAAAUAUAGUCAGAGCAUCAGCAUUUCAUGAUUUUAAACUGUUGGUGAUAUAAAUUCUUAAAGAUAUGUUGAAAAGAGAUUUAUCUUUUUACUUUGCAAGUCAUGCAGAUGUGAAUUUGGCAUAUGGUAGUCAUGAUUCAUCAAAAAGGACUUGGUAGAUAGAGGUGACCAUUGCUUUGUCCCAUUGGAAAUAAUUUAAAACUGUGUACUUUUUUCAAUAAAGUAUAUUAAAAUCACA